ACAAAAGAAACCGUAUUAUUUCUUCUACUUUGACGAAAAGAAGAAAGUCCACAUUCCGUUACCGGAACCAACACAGACCACACCGAGAUAUCGGCACUCCGUUUGGGUAGACUGGAACCCGCCAACCACUAGACAAUGGGUUGGCCAAGUCACUUUUUUGAAUUUCAAACGAAUUUCACACCCUUUCCUAUAUAUAUCCUUCAUCUCUACUCAUUUUAACACACAUUUUUCACAUCAAAAUCUCCUCUUUUACACAAUUCUUCAUCUUUUUUGCUUCAUUCAUGGCCGGAGGAAAGAAGACAAAGGUUUCCAAGAAGAAGGGCAACGCCGAAGCUACGACCUCAGCGCCACCGCCGUUCCCCUACCUGGACGGCUCGUUUCUUGAGUUCGGGUCGGAGGAGGAACUCAACCGGUUCCUCACGCACUUUGCCAAGCGUCCCAUUUCUCCGCCUAGGGUGCUGCCCGAGAUGUACCCUCAACAAAAGGGGUACCACGACCUCGACAAUCAGCUUCAAGCAUCGGGUCUGUGGUCGUUCGUCUCCAAGAGCCGCUCGAGCUUAAAUCCCGCCUUUGUGCGAGCCUUCUACUCCAAUCUCCGCCGGGACGGGGACACCAUUCGCAGUAGCAUCAAUCUCUACGACAUAGAGAUUGAUCUGGCUACCUUCGCUCGGGUUGCAGGGCUGCCCACCCGCGGUGACGACAUCGCAACCUAUGGUGGCGACGAUUGGAUCCUCAACAACGAGGCGGUCAUCAUUCGUGAGCUUGGGAUCACCAACUUGAUCCGCCACAGCGGCGCACCGACGAUUCACUCGGCCCCACCGGACAAGCGCCUCCUCCUCUACAUCAUCACCCGGAUUCUCCGCCCCCGGGACAGCAGCCAUACCUCGCUCUUUAACGAGGACUUGAAGGCGAUUCAUGCCAUCAUCCACGGCGCCUCCAUCAAUUGGGCGAAAUUCGUGAUGAUUCACAUGGUGGAUUGCGCCUCCAUCGCCACUGAGCGGAGCUUGCCAUACGCCUUCCUCGUCAUGGACCUCAUCAUCUCUGCCGACAUCUCCAUCGCCGGCCCGGAUACGAAGAUGACAAAGAUUUGGAUCAUCCAAGACAGCACCUUCCGGAAGAAGUCCGGUGACGGAACCGGCGCUGGACUGAGUCGUGCCCGUGCCCCUGCCCCUGCCUCCGCUCCCGCCAAGGCGUCCUUACAGUCCAUAGCCGAUACUCUGAAUCGGCUAACCCUCACAGUGGAUGGCAUGGGGCAGUCAAUUGAGCGGAUGGACUGGACGCUGCAAUGCCAACACCAUGACAUGACGGCGUUCUUCCGUGGCAUCAACUACGUCCCGCCGCCCUUUGACAGCACCAUCCUCGGCCAGAACUAUGAAGCCUAUGGAGGAGGUAGUGUUGGCCUUCAAGGAGCUGUUGCUUCAACAGUCUUUACUAAUGGUGGUCUCGUUAGAGGUUUCAUUCCUGGGUACUUAGCAACACGACGGGUCUAUGGACCUACGUACGGUGUAGAGCACACAGUUUCCAGUAAUUACUACAAAUAUUUUGAGAUGAAUCAUGUCGUGGAAGCUUUCAUUAUUCUUCCCGGAGGAGUUGGCACCAUAGAAGGUUUGUUCACCUUGAUCUCGUGGGCUUCUGAAGGGUUACACAAUAGACCCAUUGGUCUUUUAAACAUUGACGGUUAUUUCAAUAACCUUCUCAAAUUCUUAGAUGAUGCGGUGAGGCAGAACUUCAUGGCUUCCAGUCAGAGGAAACUUUUUAUUUCUUCUUUCUCUGUUGACGAGCUUUUAGACAAACUAGAGUUUGCUAAAGCUUUCCCGGGACAUGGGGUUAGUUAUGAUGAGUUUGUGAAUCCUGGGAGAUUAGACUUAGAAUUGCAUUUGUAACAUUCCUCAUAUGAUCCAAGUUGUAUGUUGAAAUGAUAUUUUCCAUAAAUUAUUCUAGGCUGU